AUGGCCGAAAAUGACUCGGAAUUCAUCGGCAACAGACUUACAAUCUUUGUGGCUGUGUUCACACCACUGCAGCUCCUCACCGUCGUGCUGCGUUUCUAUGCGCGGAGCCUCACGGCACACCGCUAUGGUGUGGAUGACUGGCUGGUGAUGGCAGCUCUCCUUGGACAAUUUGUCGCUACCGGUAUCGCCAUAGGGUCCCUCAAACAAGCCGGUGUCGGAUACCAUAUUGAAUGGAUCAUGGCAACCAACCCCCAUCUCGCCAUCAUGUUCUUGAAAUAUUUGCUCGCAAUCUCAUCGUGGUACUAUGUGACCAUCAGUCUCUCCAAGCUCGCCAUCUGCGUAUUCUACCGCACGUUGUUUCCUCAGCGCAGUGUACUCAUCAUCCUGUCUCUGACGGCGGGGAUUAUGAUAUGCACUGCCAUUGCCAGUCUCGUGAGCAACCUAGCGGCCUGCAAACCAUUCAGUGCAAACUGGGCCCCGACGGACGUUCAGGCCGAAAAAUGCAUCGACAAGGAGAAGCUGUACGUCUGGAGCACAUUUCCCAAUAUCAUCACAGACGUCAUUCUUCUAGCGAUUCCUCUUCCCAUUGUCUGGGGACUACAGACAUCCAAGCAGCUGAAGAUGGCCUUGACGGCAACUUUUGUGUUCGGCAGCAUAGGGCUAAUUGCAUCUAUCCUACGCUUCGUCGCGUUCUCAAACACUAACUCAUUCAUUGAUGCCACAUUCAAUGCCGUGGAACUCAUCAUCUGGACGGUCGCAGAGCCCGGCAUCUACCUGAUCGCAGCUUGCCUUAUGACCUACCGCCCACUCCUCGAGAAAUUCAGCCCCAAGAUGCGCUUGCAACGGUCCGGCCGAUGGCCUUCCAAAUAUAUCAAGCAAUUUUCCUCGCGAGCGAAACGGGGAGGGUCCUCCAAGAACACGAACUCAGAGCCCGAGAGUCAUGCGUCCCGAGUGUUUCCCGCAGACGCCACGCGCAGCUUUGGUAGCGACAGAGGCAUACUGCUUUCUGACGUACCCACACGGGAAGAUGGAUUCGAGCAGCGACCGGGUCCGGAACAGCGGCAGGAUGACGGAUCCCCUGCAAAUCAGUCACAGCCGGCGAGAAUUGUGAGGACUACGAACAUCCACAUGUCUUGGGACAACGUCAGCACGGGAAAUGGACCCACAGAAGGUGCUCGUUGA